AAACAACAGGAGAUGUGUUGACGAAUAAAAUCCUGAGAUAAGCCAGAGAGAUAAGAAUCCAGCAAACCACUUCCCACGCUGCACCCUCAGGAAGCAGCAGGACAGAUUGCUGAUAAACACCCCAGGCAGUCUGACGCGACACAAGCUGUACCUUGGACUUCGGCACAUCAGGCAUGGCGAACGGACACUGGAUGGCGGCAUGUGUAUGGCCGUUAAUAAUCCUGACUUGUGGAUCCCUGCAACAUGCUCUCGCCUCGAAAUCUGAGACCGAGUUAGACAAGCCAGCGAGAACGGUCUGUUACUACCAGGCAGGCACUGUCUAUCGGCCGGGAGAAUCUAGUUACAGGAUAGAGGAUAUUCCAGGUGACCUCUGCUCUCACAUCAUCUACGCUUUCGCUGGCCUCUCCAAUGUCACGUGGGAGGUCAGGCCUUCGAACCCAAGUUUCGACAUUGAUGCGGGCGGUUACGAAAGGUUUGUGGGGUUGAAGGAUCGCUUCCCGGGCCUCACCGCGACCCUGGGUGUAGGGGGCGGGGCCAGUGGGGUCGCGGGGGUCUUCUCGCAGAUGGCCAGCAACGAGGAGCGGAGAGCUAUCUUCGUCCGGAGUGUCAUAGACCUUGUAAAGACGUACAUGUUCGAUGGUGUUGACGUAGACUGGGAAUACCCCGAUACACCAGAUGACAAAGAAAAUUUCCGGUUGCUGAUGGACGAAUUACGGGCGGCCUUGGAUGCGGAGAGCCAAAGCCUGGAGCUAACCAUGGCAGUGCCCAUCGUGAGGUACAGACUGGUGGAUGGAUACAGCGUCCUGGAACUGUGCAGAGUUGUUGAUGCCGUUCACCUCAUGGGCUACGAUCUGCGAGGAGUGUGGAAUGACUUUGCUGACGUGCAUUCAAUGCUCUAUCGGAGAUCUGGCCUCGACUUUGGCAUUCUCGAGGAAAUAAACUUGAGUGACGGUGCACUUCUCUGGGAGGAAUUUGGAUGCCCACGAGACAAGCUGGUACUAGGAGUGCCCUUCUAUGGACGAAGCUUCACACUCUCUGAUCCUUCUCUGCAUGGACUUCACGCCCCGAUCACUGGGACUGGAAACCCAGGUCCGAUAUUGGGAGAUCCUACUGUCCUGGUAUACUUUGAGAUCUGCACAAACUUGAUGAAUGACCCUGAAUGGACAAGAGAAUGGGAUAAUGAAGGUUUAGUUCCUUAUGCAUACAAAGGAGACCAGUGGAUUGGGUACGAAGACACCGAGAGUCUAAAGAUCAAGAUGGACUAUAUUCGAGAAAAUGGAUACCUUGGGGCUAUGAACUGGGCUAUUGACGAUGACGACUUCAAAGGCUGGUGCGGCUUAGGGAUCAACCCCAUGAUGACAACGAUGUAUGAAGGUUUGAAGGAUUACACUGUACCAAGGAGCAACUAAAAACAGUUUCUUCAGUCCAUAUUCUUUGAUAUAACAUUUCUCUACGUCAAGAUGGCAUGAUUCUUAAUUAGUGUGUAAGUGAACUUGAGUCCAGUAUCUUUUGACUCAAAUUUGUUACUAAAGUUCCAUACAUUGUAUUGAUUGGCAAUGAAUAAUCAUUAAUUGUAAGUAUAUAUAAAGCAUACUAAUUCUCCUAUGAAUAAACAUUUUAUCUAAUGUGCAAA